CACAUCACACGUACUCGUCACACAUCUUCGCCUUCAGCAUCCCGAACCAUGUUGCGAUUCUUGCUUCUGCUGGCCACGACGCUCUCGUUGACGCUGUGCCGGGGUCUUCCCAGUAAGCGGAUUGAGGAAUUCGUGUGUCCUGAAGGCGGAUGGACACUCGUGGAGACAUCGUGCUUCUUGGUGUCCAACGCUUCCGGCAACUGGUACGAAGGACAAAGCUUCUGCAAGGGUUUCGAAGCCUCGCUCGCUACGGUGUCCAGUAAUGCCCAGCAAGAAGCUCUCACAGCUAUGCUGACUGGAGACACCUGGAUCGGCCUCAGCGAUCUCCAGGGGGAACACACGUAUUCUUGGGACGAUGGAUGUUCAGCUGAGUACUUCAGGUGGGCGGAAGGUGAACCAAGCAACUCAGGAAGUUUCUGGGUCUUCGGUGAUAGUGAAGACUGCGUCGAGAUGCGGCAGGUGGUCGGGUAUCUUUGGAAUGAUGCUCAUUGCGAGGACUCCAAGCUAUUCAUGUGUAGUCGCCCAGCUGAUCCAGCGCCCACCACCACAACCACCACUACAACAACUACCACCACUCCAGCACCCACCUGUGAGGAAGGAUGGGAGAUUUACGGCCUGUCUUGUUAUCUGGUGAGUGAAAAUACGGCGUCAUGGACUGAGGCGAAAGACAGCUGCAUUGGUCUCGGAGGCGUGCUGGCCUCCGUCACCAGCGAGGACGAGCAGGCGUUCGUGAGCGGUCUGCUGAGUCGCAGCGCCUGGAUUGGCCUCAGCGAUCGGAAUACUGAAAACGAGUUUGCAUGGGAGGACGAGAGUCAGUCUAACUAUACAAGCUGGAAGGAAGGGGAGCCUAAUAAUCACUUAGCGUUCCUGAGCUUUGGCGUGGGCGAGGACUGUGUCGAGUUGAAGAAGGAAUACAGCUACCUCUGGAACGAUGAGAAUUGCUCCGCGAACAGGGCGUUUGUGUGCGAACGACCUGCAGAGUAGUGGCGGUGUGUCCUUCCAAGUUACAUUAAGGAAAAGCAUAGUAACUUCUGUCAUGAAGAUACGUAUGCAUGUUUCCCUGACUCUUUCUGAUCCACGGUUUUGUAUCCGAUAUGCAAUAAAUCGAACAGAGCAUCAAUUAAA